AUGAUACAAACGGCGGACGUGGUCCUGGUUGACUUCUAUGCCACAUGGUGUGGUCCCUGCCAAAUUGUGGCGAAGACUUUGGAACAAGUGUCUGCUCAAGUUGGCGAUUCCGUCAAAAUUGUGAAGAUUGACACAGAGAAGUACCCUAAGCUGGCAUCGCGGUAUAAUAUCCAGGGCCUUCCUACUUUGAUGCUUUUCCGGAAAGGGCAAGUUAUUGAUCGCGUGGAGGGAGCACUAUCAGCACAAGACCUACUUAUGCGGAUGAACUACAUGCUGUCCACAUCAAAGUAG